AUGUCGUCCUUCGAGCCUUCAUUAUCCACCAGCGCCAUGCGACCGCCAUUGGCAUCUGCAGAGGCUCCCUCCAUAGCAGAUACUCUCCCAAGCCUCAAUUUCGGCUUUGAAGAUUUGCGGAGUCGAAUGGCACAGUUUACAGCAAAAUUUGACGCUUUUAUUGAGAAGGGACGGAAACAAGUCUUGCAGGAACGCAAUCAGUUUCACAGCAACCUGGCUGAACUUCAGAAGGACUACGACAUGAAGCAGAAUGAUAUCAAAAUAUUGACUUCCAAGACUCAAGACCACCAACAAACGAUUCAGCGCGAAGGCGCCGAAGCCGCAGAGAUACACGCACACAUCUCCUCGAUCACACUUGAACGCGACAACCGACUCUCAAAACGGGAUAGACUAAAGCGACAAAUUGCGGAGACUCAACAAGCAAUCGACCAGAAAUUACAGGCGCAAAAGGCGCAUGCUCAGUACCUCGAUUCACAAGCUCGACUGAAUGUUCCUGAAUUAGAAUUCUGGCAGGAUUAUCUCUGUAUGCGGAUCGAGGGUGCUGGAAGGGAAGAUCGGUUGAAGAUAGUAUACACACAUCUUCUGGAGAAAGACUGGGAGAAAGAGGCCUGGUUUGAAUUGGGUACUGCGUCGAGGGAUUACGAGAUAUAUCAUACCAAACCCAAGUUGGAGAGGGAGGCCAUUGAACGCGAGUUGGACAUUGUCAACGAAGACCGAGAUUUUGGGGCACUUUUGAAGAGGAUGCGCCGACUGUUUUUGGAGUCGAUGAAAUAA